AUGGCAUCAACAUCAUCAACAACAACAGGAGAUAUCAAGAAGAUGUUGACAUUCAUAAUGGGCGAUAAUGAGGAAUUUUAUAUCGAGGAGUCAUUGGCCCUUCAGUCUGAAUUGAUCAAAAACAUGGUGAAAGAGGAACGAGUGUCCAUCAUCCCAAUGCCCACCAUUAUCAAAAGAGAGGCGUUCGUUAAAGUCAUCGAGUACCUUAAGAAGCAUGCUGAGACAACAAUCACAAAUGAAGAAUUCAAGAAUUUCGAGAAAGAGUAUGUGAGUGUUGCCUUCAAUGAACUACAUGACAUAUUAUUUGUAGCUAAUUAUCUUAAAAUCAAGUCUUUGAUGGAAAUCUGUGGCACCGCUAUUGCUGAUAAAUUUAAGGACAAGAGCCCUGAGGUUGUUAAAGAGAUGCUUGGAAGAUGCUUGGAACUGAAAACGAUUUCACCACAGAAGAAGAAUGAAGGAAACUCUGUGGAUCUUUGA